AUGUCCCGUCAAGAAAUUAAUAGUAACACUUCUAUUACUUAUAACAGCAGUUAUAUCCGAGGUGCUCAACGACAAGGUGACCGUGUUAGAGGUCAGGCAGUAGCCCCAUAUGGAUCAAGAUCAAAUGCUAUUUCUGGUGAUCGUAAUUUGCAUAAUGUAUCAGAUCCUACUUAUUCUAGAGAAAAUUUCUUCCGAGCUGCGAAUGUAUUUACAUCAAAUAACAACCUCGUUUGUGGUUUAAAUGGCUGUACAAACGUUAUGUACCAUUAUAAUCGUCCUGAUCGUAAAGGUCAAGUUUACUUCAUUUGUAACAAUAAGGAAAAGCACCAUCAACGCCAUCAGAUCUCAUGUACAAAAGGAACCAUGUUCUAUAGGCGUAAAACAGAAUUUCACCGUCUUCAUUCGAUGAUGUUUGAGUACUUUACUCAAAAGCGCCCUCUUUUGGUAGAUCUUAUUGAGCAUCAUAAGGUAUCAACCCCUACUGUUAGUACAGUGAGGAUCAAAACUGUUCAAAUGUUUUCAUUUUUUAACUUUGUAACCGAAUUAUAUGCGAUAAUUAUAUAG